GUGUUCACUGUUGCAGGAGCCAGGAUUCUCGGUGUAAAAGAUUUGCCGAACUCUAGAAUCUUCCUUAUCGACCGUGUUUUGUACGUGCCCCAAGGCGACAUCUAUACCUCAGUAGCAAAAUCCCCUGAAUUACAGAACCUAACUCGAUGUCUGCAGAAGACAGGGCUGGAUACCUUACUGAAAGGUCCUGGACCUCUUACUCUCUUUGCUCCCAAUGAUGCUGCAUUUGGAAACUUGCCAAGAAGAGAAUUGGAUCAAUUGUUGAACGAUCCCGGGAAACUUCGAGAUCUACUGAGAAGACACGUGGUUGGAGGAACGUUCUACACAGCAGGAUUGUCCAAUGGGAUGAAGUUAAAGGCGAUCGGUGGUAAUGACUUAGCAAUCGGAGAUGAGCCUGAUUGUACCACGGUAGAUGGCGUGAAGGUCAACUCUCCUGACAUCAACUGCAACAAUGGUGUUAUUCACAUGAUUAGCCACAUGCUUUAGAAAGGAUAUUUUAGUUUAAUCCUGAAGUAGCCAUUGUAGUAUAACAUAGGAGGAAUAAAUCACAU